AUGAGAGAUUCUCAACAACAAGAUACGAAAAAGAGGGCAGUCUAUGAACCAUGGACUAAGGAACAAAGCGAUGUAUUGUUAGAAAUGUUGGUUGAGUUUGCGAAUCGGGGAUGGCGUGAUAAUAGUGGUAUCUUUAGCAAAGCAACUGUUGAAGAAAGGAUACUUCCUGUUCUUAAUGAAAGAAUUGGAUGUAAUAAGACUUAUAACCACUACCUAAGCCGUAUCAAAUGGUUUAAGAAUCGUUGGUUAGCUUAUUCAACACUCAUGAAGUUUAACUCUGGUUUUGGCUAUGACAACAAUGCUAAAAAGUUCACGGCCUCGGAUGAAGUAUGGGAGGCGUACUGUCAGGCUCACCCAAAAGAUGCAUACUUACGCUUGGGGAAUUGUUCGGAUUAUUAUGAGUUGGGAAUUGCUGUUGGGAAUGGUGGGGCUGUAGGAAAAAACUCAAUUGGAUUGGGUAGUGCUACUGAUGCUAAGACAUUAGGAGUUGAUGAAAAUAGAGCUCCGCACAUAGAAGAAUUGAAUUAUGAUGCUAAAAAUGAGGCGUUUGUAGGACUAGCUCAAGAUGAUCCACCAUCAUUUGGAUCCAAAUCACCUUUAGUAUUCCCUGAAGUGCCUGAGGUCUCCACUCAGAAAAGAGCUGCUGCCAAAAGAAGUAGAGCCCAGUUUGACAUGAAUUCUGGUCAUACUGAAAAUAGUUCGCAUCAUGAUUUCAUGGCAGAAGUUAAAAAAAAAAUAACUAACACUUUUGAUGGAGUUCAUAGCCUCUUAGAGAAACGAGAUACUAUGCUAGAGAAAAGACAAAGAGAAAGAUCUUAUACAACUUGGGAUGCUAUCAAAGAAAUCCCAAAUUUGGAUGAAGACGUUUGCAUCAAAGUAUUUGACUUGCUUGAUACCAAGAUAAAGAAAGAUGGAUUUUUGAAAAUGACUGUUGAGGAACGAGCACGUUGGAUAGCUUACAGGAUUAGAGGAUAG